AUGCAGGAUACCAUGGACAUUCGAAAGUGGUUAGCCGAGACAGUGCAACCGGAAGCACCACGCGAGCCCGUUAGAUAUCAACAGACUGCAGAGCCCGCUAAACAAAAACGUCGACGCAAAUCAGACAGCUCGAUCCUCGAUCCCCGUCCGCCUGCAUCUUCUCCGCAUGAGUCAGUAGAUGAUAGUGCUGGCGAGGCCCUCCCGGCGGCGUGCAGUGAUAGCUCUAGCAGCAACCGGUAUGCGCGCAAACCUCGAAGAAAGUCGCGUCCGGAGCGGUAUGAGCCAGGCCCCCAUGCACGUCGCGAUCACAAGAACGAAUCAAAGAAAACGCGGCGCAAGGGCCGGUGCAAGAAGGGCGAGAAGCCACCUGGUGUCAUGCAGACCUUCCAGUCCAGAAACGUGUCUGGGGAUCGGUUGACUUUGAAGCCACGAGAGCAGCUAGGACUAUUCAACAAGGGACGGACGUCUACCACAAUCAAGGGCCGCGGACUGCCCGAUCUAGUCUUUUCUGAAAUGAAGUUCUUGCAGAAACACAAGGACGAACCAGAGUCUACGCCUCGAUCUGACCUACCCCAAAAGAAACGGAAAAGAAAACAUGUUCAUACGAAGGAGGGGGAGAUUUCUGCUUUCUUUACCUCAGUGCGCCCGGUAUCAGUCGAGAAGGACAGUAAUACGCUCCCAGAAUAUGCCACAUCGAGAACCAAGCGGUAUCGUCGUGAUCAGCCGUCUGUGAAUGAAAAUCCUAUACCUACCGUUGAGGUAGCGGACCCAGCAUCAUACCUGGGCUUCGGAAGUAGAGGCCGCCGCCAUGACAGUAAUAGCUACGUAUCUUGGUCAGAGUCAAUUCGACCGCUUAGCACAAUGCCGGAGCAACCUCGCAAACCUCCUGUCCGUUUCAGUUCGCGCGAUAUAGAUUCUUGUGGUAAUUCUGACAGUAGGAAAAAGAGAGAGCACAAUGUCUUCAAGCUACCGGCUCCUCCCCGAUCAGCUACGAAACAAAGAACUGACAGCAUGCCUGCUGAUCGCUUCAGGUUGUCAUCGUUGGAUCCAUUACAUGAUAGAGUUUCAAGGUCGCAAUCGUCCCCUCAACACAGCUCGUCUCCACAGCGGCCGAAUCUCGUCGACCGAUCUGCGAAGCUACAUGAGGCCAACACUGCUUGCUCGCCGUCAUCGAUGCCACCUUUUGCAUCUGCACAUCUCACGGACGCCUGCCAUGCUCGACCACGUAGCAGCCCAAAGGGCGCCAAGUUGGGCGCAACACCAGCUUCAGGAGCACCCGCUCUUGCUGAGUAUCGACACCACGGCCAGCCUAGUGAAUAUAGUCCUGUUGGAAAGGUCCAGAUAACGACGUCUUCGGAUCUGGGGUUGGUUUUGCAAAAGUGCAACGAUACAUUCUACCAGAGACGCCAUGCUGCUGGACCGCAUAGGAGGCAUACCGAGCAAACACAACCAGUAUACCCGCAAUCGAGGCUACGACAAAACAGGACGGGCUUCUAUAGUGCGGCUCAGCAGGCUCCUACUGUGCAGUUCGCGGAUCAGCUUUAUCAUGGUCCGAUAGUACCGGAUUUUGCUGGCCCGAGCAUCUAUGACCAACAAGCACGACGCCAGCAACUACCUCUGCAACUGGGAAUUGAUGAAGAUCCUCUGCAAAGUCGCUACAUCGAUCAAGAUUAUCUGGGCCAGAACGAUCGAAUAGAAUACGAUGACCAGGAUUGGAAAGGGCUGUCGGAAGAGCCCAUGCCGUAUGGGUUUCAGGACGAUGUGGACAUGAACGACGAGGAUGAAGCUUUUACUGGGACUGUAGACGAGCCUGUCCAAGAUCUGAGGCAAGAAAACGACACGGUGGCUCCUGGAUUUUGGCGGCCCAAUAAGCUGUACUGA